GUCAAGUUAAGUAGCUUUCUUAUGGAGUUUCGAACUUGGUUUCUUCAGUUUUCAUCCAUCCGCAUAGAUGUUGUGAUUGUUUUCUUUCAACCAAUAUUGCCGAUCUGCUAAGUAGAGCGGUAAAGUAUCAAAGCAGAAAAUGAAUAGAGAGAAACGAAAAAGAGUAGCUGUAAUUGGAGGGGGAGUUUGUGGAAUAUGUAGUGUAAAAACUCUGAAAGAGGAAGGUAUCGAACCAGUAUGCUUUGAGAAGACUGGAUUUUUUGGUGGAACAUGGCGAUACCAUGAAGAUGAUGUCGAAGGAUUAGCUGCUAUAACCUCUGCAACGGUGGCAAAUAACAGUAAAGAAAUGUCUGCUAUUAGUGAUUUUCCACCACCAAAAGAUCUUCCCAACUAUUUAUCACACAAAAAAGUUUACGAGAUGAUAAACAAAUACGUGAACAAUUUCGACGUUCUCAGACAUAUGAACUUUAACUACGAAGUCAUACGGGUUCGUAAAUCUGAAGAUUACGAAGAGACGGGGAGGUGGGCAGUUACGGUCAAAAACCUCAUGACCAACAAGAUCAUGACCGAUGUUUAUGAUGGAGUGUUUGUCUGCACUGGACAAUUUGGAUACCCCAAUAUGCCUAAGUUCCCAGGACAAGAAAAAUUCAAAGGAAGAAUAAUUCAUUCCAAGCAAUUAAGAACAUUUGAAAGCUUCAAAAAUGAAAGAGUAGUUGUAGUUGGUUUUGGGUGUUCUGCAGUAGACGCAGCUACAGAAACUAGUAACAUUGCCGAAGAGGUAUAUCUGAGCAGCCGGCAUGGAGCUUGGGUAUUUCCGAGAUUGGGCCCAUAUGGUCUUCCUUUUGAUAUGUGCUACUUACGGAGAUGGUCAGAUUUUGUGUUUCGUUCAGUACCAUUAUCAUGGAGUAGUUAUAACUUUGAACGAAUUAUUGAAAGGCUGAAAUUCAAUCACUCACUCUACAGUAUUAAGCCACCUCAUUCUGCUUGGUCACAGGAUCCAGUUCUGUCAGAUACUUUGCCUUCCAAAAUUAUUUCUGGACAUGUUGUUGUUAAAAAUAAUAUUAAAUGUUUUACGGAAAAUGGAGUCAUAUUUGAAGGUGAAACAAAGGUAACCGCGAUUGAUACUGUCAUAAUGGCAACAGGAUAUCAAUGGAAAUUUCCCUUCUUAAGCGAUGAUAUACUCACUAAAGAUGGCGACUGCCUUAAUAUUUAUAAAUGUAUGUAUCCCGCCCAAUUACCACAUCCCACACUUGCUAUUCUAGGAUUUUUAUUGCCCUUAGGUCCUGGAUUUCCCUUGGGAGAGUCACAAUGUAGAUGGGCGGCACUUUUGGUUAAUAGAAAAGUGAAAUUUCCUUCAACUGAUGAAAUGUUUACAGAAGUUCGUAAGACUUAUGGAAAUAACCUUAAACGAUAUAAGAAGAGCGAUAGAUUAACAACACGAGUCGAUUAUAUUGAGUAUAUGGACGACAUAACCUCUCAGUUCGGUGCUAAGCCUAAUAUUCUCAAGAUAUUCUUCACGGAUCCUAAGUUGUUUUGGGCUUUGUGGCUGGGACCUUCAUUACCGUAUCAAUAUCGUUUGCAAGGUCCUCAUAAAUGGUCUGGAGCCCGAAAUGCAAUUCUAACUUACAAAGAAAGGGUAGAAAGCCCACUUAGGAGAGAAGGGUAUAGAAAAACAAAAAGAAAAUUUAAGGGAAUACCUCUUAAAAUCAUAGCAGCUUUUAUUGUAUUUUGGUUUUGGUUAUCAGUCUUAACAGAAGUUAAUGACUCUUAAUUAUGUCCUAAUUAAAUAUGUAGUUAGAUAAGAAAAGAGAAUGAAUAAUGAAUGCGGGAAGCCAUUUUCUUACUGUUAAAAUUAUUGGUGUAACAAUUGUUGCAAAUUCCCUGCAACUUUAGUAAUGCGUCAAUUUGAAUCGCAAGUUACUUGCACGUGUUUGCAUUUUUAUUUUUAAUUGACAAAUGGUUCAAUUUAGCACCUUACAAAAUUUGCGAGAGAUUUGAACAAUAUUUUACUUCAGUGCAAUCUUAAUCACUUUUUUUACAGUUACUAUUGUUGUUCAAUUCAAAUGCUUUUCAUUCCAUAAAUUGGGCCAACUUUUCCACCCGAUGCAACUUUUACAGAUUUUAGAACGUGAUUUUCGAUGCUCUGAUCAGUUCUUGAGAAAAAUUGUUAUUAAUUGUUCCUGAGAACUUCUUAAUCUGACAAAAAUCUUAUUUUAAGAACUUGGUAAAGCAUAUGUUGCCUCAGUUGAAAAAGUUGUUCGGGUUGAUGAUAAAGCAUGUAUCAAGUUUUAAAAUAAAUAAGGAAAUGUAUUUAUAUAUUUUUUUUUGAUUUAUUUAUUAAUGGUACUGAUCGCUCCGAACAAAGUCUCUGUGAUAAAUAUAUUUAGAUUUUCUGUGUCUUCAUUGCUUAUUAUAUAUUAUAGGAAAUUGUUAAAAGCACUUUUUUAAAGUUAAUGCAUGAUGUGCAAAAUAAUUGCAAAUAAAAUUUAUUUUAGACCUAAUAUUUGUUUAGCUUUCAAAGCUAAUUCAAAUAUUUAGCAAAUAUUUAAUAUUUAAGAAAUAACCAGCUUCGAGAACUAAGUUAAAUUUGAAAGUAAUAUUAUAUAAGUAAAACAAUAAAUAAUUUCUAUAAAUUUAUAUUGUAUUUAUAUUGUACAUGUUAUGUUUUUGGAUUGUCUUUUGAAUUUCAAUACAAAACUUUAGUUAGAGUUUGUUACGUUUAUUUUUAUGCAAAGGACGGUAAUAGUAUACUUAAAAUAAAAAACAAAACAAAAAAAUUACACAUUUACGCACUGUCGUCAUAAGCUACAUUACCUGUUAAUGAUCGCUAUAUUUUUCUUUGUUUUAUUACAAAUCAUAAUUUUUAUUUAAUAAUAUUUUUUAGCAAUUUAUUAUAUUUGUACUACUUGAAAGUUUUUGAAGUAUUG